AUGUCGAAGCGACUUUCCCUCGUUUCUGCGGGGGCGUCCGCGGCACUACUGCAGGCUGCCACCGCUAUCGUCAACAAAGCCACUGCCGGAAAGCUUAGCGCAACAACUGCCUCGGUGGCGGAAAAACAUGCUGUGGUGGUGGGGCCGGAGACGCCGGCGGGUGUUCACACGUCAGUAACUGCUGCACCUGUCUCGCCGGACCCAGCGUACGCGGGUGUCAAGGCAGUGGUUGUACGCGCCGUUCUGCCUCGCUCGUCGCCAGGAAAGGUGCAGCUGCGUGAUGCGCUUGACGUGUUCGCCGCUGCAGGUAUCAGCGUGGAUGCCGAGGUGCAGGCGGCCACGGAGUCCUUUAAGAAGAGUGCGGAGGUGGCUGUGACCAAUGCCAAGGCGAUUGGUGUGAAUCGUGUCACCCUUGUAAUGAAACAGGCAACAAAGUACAAGAAUCUCAAUGACCUUUUCAGGAAGGUGAUGACGGAAACAAUUGAAGCCGCGGGGAUGGCAACUGAAGUGCAGGGCACAUCAGUUGCCGCUAACCGGCUUCUUGUGUACCCCGAGUCCCUUGGUGUGGUGCUUCUGAAUGAUGUGUCAUCCGCGGAAAAAAUCGAAUUGGCCUACGCUGGAGUUAUGGGAGGUGCCAGCCGCACAUAUCACACAGUUAGCGGUGGCAAGGUAUCUGCAGGACACAGCUUCAAAUCCGUGGCGCUGGCAGUGGCGCAGGAACUCCAGGCACUUGGAAUGGGAAGUGAAGCCAAAAAGUUGGAGGAGGCGGCGGCAAAGAAUCCCAGGGCAGUUCUUUCUGGUUUGUAA